AGAUGCAUCAGUUCUCAAGAUUAUUAUUAAGAUGGAGACGAAACUGGUGCUCGCCCUGAUUGCCUGCGGGGCCAUCUGUCUGUUACAGCUUUCAACAAUCGACGCCACACCAUGGCACGCCCGGCAGUUAGUUCGCUACUUCCGCCGUAUCCAGCUAGAUAAGACGAAGAACAGCGUCUACCAGCACGAUGUGAGGUUCGGGAUCAGAAGGCAUCUACGUGCUCCUCUCGUGCAGAAAGCGUUAUGUUUACCGAAAGGCACGCAGCUAUCGAGCGAUUGUUUGUACAAGAUGGUGGAUAAAGCUCGCCAACAUGAGAAUAGAUUCUACGCCCGAUUUACCUACGCUUGCAAGAAACAUGCGGAAUAUUCAGCAGACUGUUUAGAAUCGGGCCGACCACUGUACUAUCGUGCACUUCGGAACCUUGUCAAAGAAACGGAGCAGUGCUGGAAACUGUAA